AUGUCCUCCCCCCCCGUCAAGAAGAGAAAAACCGGAGACCCAGUUCGGCCUCAGCAGCCCAAGUACAGCAACCAGAUCCAGGAACCGUUCAAGAGGUCGUACCAGAUCCAGCGAUUCCUCUUCAACGACCCCGACAACGACUCGACCACCUGGGCCAUCAUCGAGGGCCGCAGGCAGGAGCCCAAGUUCAUAGACUCCCAGACCACGUCCGAGCCCCCCGGGUCCUGCGAGGACGACUCAUCCGCCGCCGGGGCAGACGACAGCCUCAUCACCUCCAUCUCCUUCCACCAGAAGCGCUCCAAGGCGAGGCUGGCCGAGAGUGACGCCAGGCUCGAGGGUCCCCAUGCUGAGUACAGAGCCACCAAGCAUAACCUGUCAUACCCGGAUUCCGAGCCCUGCAAGGAGGGCAAGCAGUUCCCCAACAUAUCGAAACUCAGAGAACAUCUUAAAAGGGUGCACUCCCCAGAGUACCGAUGCGGUGACUGUAGCCACAAGUUCUCCCAGGUCUCCGUCGCGGAGCUGCAGGACCUCAAGGCGUCCCACCGGGGCAAGUGCCGCCGGACGGGCCGCGCCGAGCUGCCCGACUUCGACAUGUCCGCCGAGCAGUGGGAGAAGUGCAAGAACUGGAGCCAGAACCAGCGCGUCGACCGCGGGUCCAGGAACGGCCUCUCGGAGCGCAAGCCCGCCUGGUCCUGGCGCCGCAUCUACAACAGCCUCUUCCCCUCCGACCGCAUCGCCGUCGGCCAGGAUCCCUGCGCCUUCAGGCCGGGCCCCAGGGCGCACCACCACCACAUGCCGAGGGCGCAGCCGAGGGGGCCGGCCAAGGGAGCUGGGCCCGGUGCGGAUGGCAGCCUGAGCGGCCCGGCGCCGACCAUGACGCAGUCCGACUUCAUGUCCGCGUUCUCGCUGGACUACAAUAAGACUUCGAACGGCAAUGAAGGCCCCGAGCUUAGCGGCUCAUGGCAGUCGUCGAACCCCCAGGGCCCCAGCUCGAUCACGCCGUCGUCAACGUCCGGGACUACGGAGACGGUGGAGUCGGCCCCGAGCCAGUCCGAGAAAACGGCUCAGUCUGUGGAUGAGCUGACCCGGAUAACGGAUGACCUGUACAUGGACAAUGUUCCGGGUUCGCUCGCGUGGGGAGAUUAUAAUCCCAACAUAGAUCCCAACAUCUUCCUUAGUGAAUACAUCCCCGGUAUGCAGCCCUCAUUCGGACCGGUUGACGAGUGA